AUGACGGAAACAUCAGCCUUGAAGCGCGCAGCUUCCGAAGACCCCGACGUAUCGAGCGAGCCAUCUAAUGGCGUGAAGAAAGCCAAGAAAGUCGGCACUACGGACCCAACAACAUCAACAGCGGGGCUAGAGAGUAUUGGAGCUACAGAACCCGCCCCAGCUGGCACUGAACCACAUGACGAUGUCGCAUUGCAGCAGGAAUAUGCGAAAGCCAAAGACCUCGAUGAGAAGAGUGGCACCGAAGUGCAGCAACCCAGCAAAAUCGCUCCAGCACCGAUGCCUACCGAAGGACAUGACUUUAGCGAAGACGAAAAAUCAGUUUCGCCUGACGGUAGCGACGAGGACUACGAUUCAGAAGAAGACGGCGAUGACGAGCCCUACGGUCAUGGUCUUGAACGCGACCCCGACCAAGGUGGUUUGGCGAUGGCCCCCCUUUCCGCCGAAGAUGAGUUGGCGGUAGAGAUUGGACUUGCAAAACAAGAUGAUGAGUUUGAUGAGUACGUCAAAGAGCAUGGUGAGGAAGUUCUUUACGAGGAUCUAGCAAGCGACUCGGACGACAGCGAGGAAACAGCUGACCGGAAACGGGAAGAGUUGACAGAAUUGGAGAAUGAUUUGGAUGCUUAUUGA